AUGAAUAUAUCAAAGAUAAUAUCACUCGUUUCAACUAUUCUUUGGAUCUUACUACAAAAUGAAUCUGAUGAUAAUACUAAGCAUGAAUUUGAAGUGAAUGAAAAAUCUGAAACUGAGCAAAUUACUAUAUCAUUUAAUUUGGUCAUAAAACCUUCAGCUGGCCCAUCAUUACCAUCAAAAUGGUUAGAAAUUGAGACGUUAUCAUUAGAUGAUAUACUUGCAGACAUUCACCAUUAUGUUAGAAAAUUAACCGGUAAUAAAGAAAUUAUGCAUUCUGAUUAUUCAGUAUCAUUUAAGCCAGAAAAAUCAGGAGGGGUUGGAGCGCAAUUAGAAGACAUACAAGAUUAUAAAAAGUUCCUCUCAGAUUACAAAAAACUGGUAGAUAAAAAAAAGAACAUGUCAAUUAUAGUUUCUAUUAAAAAGAAAAGGCAAAAGAGAAAGGAAAUCUCAGAUUCUGAAGAAUCCAAAAGUGAGAAUAUCAAGUUGAAUAAAAAAAAGAGUGCAGUACCAAAAUUAGAAAAUUUUUCUACAAUUUUACAACAAGAAGGCCAUAUAAUUCGUGAAUUGAGAGAGAAAUACAAAUGCAAUCAGCAUGAUGCAUCAUGUUUUAUUGGCGAUGAAAGACAUAUAAAACUUACAGCUAUGCACUUGCAAUGCUGGGCAAAAGAAAUUAUUCGAAGUACAACAGAUGAUACUCAAACACUGAAUUUGCCGAUUUUCUCACAAUCUAGCAGUACGAAAGGAAAUUUCAAGCCAACCACACCUACAGAAACACUUUUAAGCUCUAAUAUGACACCAAUUUUUUUUACUAUGACACCUCAAAUGAUUUCACUUGCACAAAAUUCAAAUAUGGUUAAUACUUCUAAUACACCAUUGUCUUCUCCAAAGCUAGCAGUUCCUUCCCUUAACGAAUUCUUUACUAAAUUGGGUGCGAAUGGUGAUACAGAAAAAUUAGUUGAUUUUAAAAAUAUAUUUGAAAAUGAACGGAUUACUGUAGAUCAAAUAUAUGAUCUUACAGAUGCAGAAUUUGACCAGUUAGGCGUAAAUAAAAUUGGGUGGCGAAAAACAUUUAGAGCUGCAGCAAAACGUUACAUAUAA